AUAUUUAAUUUACACGAUGCACCGCUAGCCGCUAGCUAUUUACUAUUUUAGUGUUUAAUUUAAUAAUGAAUGCAGAUCUGCAAUUAUCGAAAUAAAUAUUUAUUACUAGACUUUUAAAUAGUAUAGGAAGUUUUUAAAAAUUUUAAUAAAAGGGUGUUAAAAGUUAAAAGUGACAAUAAUUAUACUAUAGAUUGGAGUAUUAGGUACUUCUGUAACAAUAAGAUCCUCAAUGCUACAAAUUUGAUUUCAAAAAAAUGUUAACUUUGAAUUCUAAGUCUCCAACUGUUGAAAAAAAGUUAUCUCCUGUUGUUGAAAAAAAUGAAAUUAAUACAGUAUCUACUUCUGACAAAAAAAAAGUUACUCCAUCAAAAAUAAUGAAGACAAACGUUGCUGGCAAAAGACCGGGCCCAAAGUCUAAAACAUGUGUGCCACAGUUAAAAAUUGAAAAAAUGACUUCAAAUCCACCAAACAAAAAUGAUCUAAAUUCAAAACAAGCAGAUAGUAAUGUUAUUGCUAGUUCCGAGGAUUCAAAAAUAUUGUUAUUAGAUGCAAGUAAUGCUGAUAUAACUGACACUGUAGAAGCAGAAUCCAAGAAAAUUGACACUAAUAUAGCUCAACAAAAUGAGGCUGAAAUGGUAGAUUUAAUUCCAACUCAUAAAAAUAAAACUGUUAUUAAAAUAGAUUCUAGUGCUAGUACAAAAAGAAAUAACAAAGACAGAAUAACUGCCAUACAAACGGAUAAUGUUAUAGUAAAAACAGAAUGUAAUGAAAUAAAACCAACUACAAUCUUAGAUAGUUUUGAUACUGGUGUAAAAUGUAAAAUCUUAGAAGAAUGUUCUAUAAGUCCCAAUCAUUUAGAUGAAAAAAAAAAUAAGAAUAUUAUUAGUAGAGUAAAAGAAGUUACACCAGAAUCUAAGGAAGAGGAAGAUAAUAUACAAGAUGAAGAAUUAGAUCAUGAAAUAUAUGAAGAAUUGGAUCAUGAAGUAGAUGAAGACGAAAUAAAUGAGAGUAGUGACAGUUUUAAUCAAACUCAUAAUACAGUAAAAUCUGUUCAAGAACAUAACAAGGAUGAUAAUAAUGAAGAUUCUAUCAACUUGACAAUAGGAGAAGAUGAUAUUAAAUUAUUUGCUGACGAGGAAGAUACAAACAUUGAAAAAGAAGACGAAGUGAUCGAGAACCAUACCAAAGAAGUAACUUCAACGAUCAAACAGCAUGAAUCUUGCCAUCUAGUUACUGCUAGUAGCAGAUCAACAACUGGAUUGGUAAAAAGCCGCCGCAGUGCAACUGAGAAGCGUUUAUCUGUUGGGGGUAAACCACGGAGCACCCGCAAAGAGGACAAGGAGAUCAGCAAUGCAAAACCCAUCAUCAAUGUCAGUGUGCCCAAAGAUGAGAAAAAAGAGGUGGAGAAACAAGUUAAAGAUAAAGAAGAAGCAGACAAUAAGCAGAGUAAUGGUUCAAUGGCUCAACAAAUAUCAAAUGACACAUCAAAGAAAAACAAUUCGUCCUUUGUACGCAACAUUUGGGUUAGUGGUUUGUCAUCGAUUACUAAGGCUACUGAUUUAAAACAACUUUUUUCAAAAUAUGGAAAGGUUGUUGGCGCAAAAGUUGUGACAAAUGCCAAAACUCCAGGAGCUCGUUGUUAUGGUUUUGUUACAUUAUCCUCAGCAGAAGAUGCUAAUCGUAGUAUUGAAAAUUUACACAAGACUGAACUUCAUGGACGUGUUAUUAGUGUUGAACGAGCUAAACGUGACAAUGGUUAUCAAGUGACAGCAAAAAGUUCUGAUUCAUUUAAAGUAAAUGAAAAUUCUGUAAAUGAUCAAAAAACUAAAAACAAUGAAGAAAAGAAAGAUAAGCGAGAAGAAAAAAGAGAAAAGAGACCCGAAAUUACAAUUAAUGAUGUUAAAAAACCAGACUUGUCAGCUACUAUUAAGCGUGCAUCAAAAGAUCAAAAUCAAGAUUCAAAACGUUCUAAAAUUGUGAUUGAAAGUGAUGAACAUAGAAAAGACAGAAGCAUUAAAAGUAAAAGCAAUGAACGUGAUAGAGAAAGAAUCAGAGAAUUAGAACGAGAAAGAGAACAUUUAGAAAGAGAAAAAAGAAAACAGCAGGAGAUAUUAAACUUAACUAAAAUGAAAACUGAACGUGAAAGGCUAAAACAAAAAGAACAUGAGAGAGCAAUGAGGGAAGAAGAACGUAAGAGACGCAUAGAAAAAGAACGUCAAUUAGAAAUUGAAAGAAAACACAAAGAAGAAGCAAUUCGCCUAGAAAAAGAAAGACAAAAACUUCGAAUUGAGCGUGAUCGAAUUGAAAAGGAAAAAUCUGAAUUAUUGCGUUUAGAGCGUGAAAAUCAACGUUUAGAACGAGAAAGAUUACAAAGAGAAAAGGAGGAGUUACGUAGAGCACAAGAAAAGUUAGAGGAAACAAAACGUCAAGCAAUACUAAAGCGUGCUAUGCCCCCAUCUCCACCACUUCCUAGUAAAAGACAUUCUUCAUCAAAUUCAUCUCGAUAUGAAGAAAGAAAAGAACCAAUUCGUAGUUCUCGUAUCCAGCCUAGUACUGACUAUAUGAACCAAGCACCUCCACCUCCUAACAUAACAUCAUCUAGACAUCGCUAUGAACAGCAUUCUUCAGAAUCCCGUCGUAUGAGGCCAUCACACCCAUCACCACCCCCUCCUCCACCACCUGCAUCAAGACCCAAAGACUCUACUGUGAACAUCAGAUAUGGUGCUCAACUAGCAACAGAUCAUCAUUACAGAAGUCGUGAUGAUCGAUCAGAUCGAAGAGAUGAAUCUCGUAGGAAAGAUUCAAGUGGUGGAAGUAGUAACAGACAUGCUCAUGUGCCAUAUGAUUCAAACAAAAGUUCCUAUGGAAUGUCACGCAAUAGUGAAAGUAAUAGCUGGUCAUCAGCCGCAGUAAAGAAUUCUUAUGGCACAGUUGGGUCAAGCUCUGGAACCAACAAUAUGGCAAUGAGUUCGAGACCAGAUCCGUGGUCACAUAAUACUUUUCGAGAUGUGGAAUCAAGUAUUUGGCAACGUCCAAGUCAACCACUACCCGAGAAGUGGAACAGCACACCAAGCAAUCCUUCAUCUAUGCCAAUAAGUGGACGUAGUUCUAGUAGUAACGCUUUGUACAGUAAUAACCAUCAAGUUAUACCAAACAUAGGGUUAAACAUGUCAACAAACUACAGUGAUAGUAGAUUUGACAGUUACAAAAUGAGUGGCAUGUCACGCAAAUAUUGAACUGUCACAAAUAUCUGGCAGUUAAUCAUAGCACAAAACAUUCCUUUGUCUGUGCUCUUUGUUUUAUUUUUUGAACAGUGGGUAGAGGAAUAUGAGCCCUAAAUUGUUCUAUAUUUAUUUUUUGAUUAAAGUGACUCAAUUUCUUUGCACUUUUAGUUAUUCAUUUAUAAAAACGAUUUAAUUUUUAGUUGAAUGUAAUUUUAAAAAUAUUUUACUGUAUACAUUCAUUAUAGUUAUUUGCUCAUGUAUACAUUCUAUAAAAAUGUAAUAAACUUAACAAUUUCUCAAAUCCUACAUUACCCAUUACAUUUAAAUAUCAUUAAUUUAUUAUCACAUCCAUUCUAUUAUUCAAGUAUUGUUUGCUUAUUUUUUUUUGCCUGGAAAGAUGUCAAUACUAUAAAAGACAAUUAAUUAUUUAACUAUUAAACCCCGUGCAAUUUUGUCUUCUUACUAAAAAAAAUACAUGAUAUUAUUUAAAUUGUGCUGUUAUAUGAUAAUAUGUUUGUUCUUAUGUUAUUUUUUAACCAGUUGAUCUUUUUAAUAAAAAAUGGGUACUUCUAUACAUUUUUUAAAUAUAUUAACAAUAUCUUAUCUGGUUUGUACGCUAAAUUACCUAAAUUGUAAAUUUAGUAUUUACUAUGAUUUAA